CGUAGAUAUGGCUGCUUUGUUCUUUACUGACGUCUAUAACCUGGGUAACAUACAUAACUUUCUACAAUUCGCGUCUAGUUGGACUUUUUAUAACAAAAAUGGUCAAUCGGUGGUUUAUAAAAGGCGCAUAUUUUAAAAUUGGUUCUGUAGCAUUGAAUCCUUUGGCGGGUAAAAUUAUGUUUCGUGAUUUCGUCUACAUUACAUUUGAUUAUUCAGUUCGUGUGCAGGAUGGUUAUUUCAUAUUUCGUUGGUGGCGAUCGUAUGUUCCAAAGGAUGUUUCCGAGGAUCUCUCGCACUCCGAUACACGUCUUUCUGUGCAAUUAAAUGGCUUUGAACUUCACAUAUACAAUAGAUGCGAUCUGUAUGAUCAACAGGAAAGAACGUUUGGACUAAAACCUUCGCUUCUAAUACCGGUGUCUCCCAUCCGCCUGGCCAACUGUAAUUUGCAUGGGCAACGUGUUAAGUCUGGAAUCUCAGGAUUGCUGCCAUCAAUAUUGCUGCGUGUUUUUAUGAAUAAUGGCAGUUCAUACUCAAAUCUAACAAACUCUUACAAUACUAACACUACUGGCAGUAACCGUUCGGGCAAAAUGCGUCGUUCCGAACAAGAUUCAAUAAAAUCUGAGCAUAAGCAGUCACAACAGCACAUUUGCAAGCCGAAACGUAGCUCGAAUUCAUUUUCUCAGCGACGUGAUUCACGUGAAGAAAGUAAUAGAAAACUGCGUGAUAGUUUUUCAGAGACUAAACGCGCCGUCGACACUGAGUUCUUUGAAAAUUGGGUAGAGGUUGGCUGUAGUUCAUUGGGUCCGAUUUUACUGGAGGGCGCAUCGGCUCUACCUAUACCUGAUCAUAAACUACAUAUCGUGCAAAAUGACUUUUUACGCGAUCAUGAUGCUAAGUACAAGCGUUUGUGGUUUUUGUGGAAUGUAAGCAAUUGCGGUCAGGCUGCCGCUCUGCCUCCGUCAAAUGGCGCCGAAAUUUCACGUUGUGGUUGCAUUGGUGGUUGCGCGUUCUUCGGCAGCAAUCGGAAUGGUUUAAAAUUCUUCAAACCCUCCCCUCAAGAUGUGCAGGACAACUACAACAUAGCGCGCUAUUAUAUUAUCAGUAACAACAAGGACUACGGUUUUGGUGAGAGCAUAUUACAUCAAGGCCAACUGGUGUUUCACACUCCCCCUUACAGCGUACAUUCGGUUUUGCUUCAUGAUAGCGCCGAUUUCAACGGUAAAGGCAAGCAUUAUUGGCCAGCUGUUGAGCAGCGAAAUGGCAGCCUAAAGAAAUCCGAACUGUGCACUAAAGACGCAGGUGGAAAAUUAAAAAUUGGUAAUUCCAUUGAAAUACCAGAUGUAAAUGGACGCAAAUCUCGCGAGAAUGUAGGUUCACCGAAUACGCUGGAGAGACGGAAUAAACGAUACUCAUAUACUACAAACAGACAAACUUCUAUCGAGGUACCUUACGCGCGACUUUUGGAUAGUCCUUCGAAGAAAGUGUUACGUCAAGACUCGAACGAAUCACAGGUGCAAGUAGCGUUGAGACGCGGCUCAGACGCAACGAAGUCAAAAUCUCAGAACAAUACGCUGCGUGUUUCACCACCCAAAACUAGUAAAUCCGAUUCGCGGUUAACCGGCGAAGCAGACGCUGAAGAUGAGUUAGAGAUCCCCGAUGAAAUGUCGCAUUCUGCGCCGCUCUCACAUCCGCUUGAAUUCGAAAUUGUCGAUUUGCCUCUGCAGAUGCAGCUCUCCACUGAAACAUCUCUUACCAAUGGAAGUGAUAACUUGACCCGUGAAGUGCAGCGCACGAUUUCCCUCACUUCGGAGAACCCCUCAGAGAUGUUUUUCUCAGCCGAGGAGGAUAUAUCGAAUAUUAUGUCGCAAGGUGGUUCCAUAAAAAAUCGCAAUGGCUCAAUUGUGUUCUCUGGCAAGAAACGAUUCUCCUCCGAUCUAAGUAUCGGUGCACCAAAUGAAAAUGGACUGUCAUUAUCCACCUUCCGCAGUGAUUUGGAAAUCCAUGCCCCUGAGUCUAAAACAUUGCCGAAACGUCCUCAAAGCACGACUGAAUUGAAUGAAGACGUGAGACGUAUUAAUGGUCUUGCCACACCAAUCAGAAAACUUACAAAUAUUUCAUCAAGACCUCAGUAUCGACAUUUUAUUCAUGAUGCUGAUUCUCGCGGAACCUCCUCGGGCACUCCCUCGCUGUCGUCUAAUUCUUUCAUCUCAGCCAUGUCGUCGCAAGAAGAUGUUGCCCUUGUCAAUUUGCACCAACAGGUGAAUCGGCCAAUCAUCGAUUCACCACUAUUGAUGGCAAGCUAUCUAAAUCAUUUAUCGCAGUUGAAAUGCUUCAAUUGGACCGCUUGCUCUUUUCCAUCAGGACCAGAUGUUUUCUCUACACCCCUAUUUCACGAAAACGACGAUGGCGGGCUGACCUAUAUAGGCAGCAAAAUGGUGCCGCACUUUGACUUGUACGCUUGUUGGCGUGAAAUCAAGGUGGUACCACGGUAUGAAAAUGCGACCGGCAGCAAUAGCUCCGCCACAUUUAUAGGCGGUCCAAAGUCGCAUCCAUGGGAUCCCAGCGUUUUACUUAAAGAAGAGGAGAGCGAUAAGACGACAAAUGGCUUCGACGAUGGCGAAUUUAUGAGUUUGCAAGCAGAAGGGGCAGCUUGUACCUCAGUGGUAGCCCGUUUGAAGGGGCAGGUGAAUGUAUUUCUUACGCCACUGAUGCUGGAAGGUUUGCAACGGAUGGUGGAAGCCAGUAUACCCACUAUAUCAUCACUACAUCUGCUCUCAGUAGUCAACCACAUACACGCUUCAUGCGUCGCGAAGGUGCAAAACGAUAAUAUACUCAAGCGGGAUCAAAGCUUGAGUUACUGGUCACAGGUGCAUUCCAAUUCGAAGCGUUCAACCACAGAGCGUAACUUGCAAGGUCCCGGGGACUCGUUUUUAAGUGAUGUCUAUGAAGAGAGUAUAUCUACAAAGACACAAGGGUUGAUUGUACUACCAAAGAUCAGCAUCACAAUGUUGCAGUCGUCUAUCAUUGAAGAGGUCAUAUCUGUUGCAGCGUUGGAUAAUGUACAGGAUCUGAAUUGCGUUUCUUUACUUACAUUUUACAUAGAAGGUGUAUCGACCAAAUUCCAUUUAGGUAAAACAACUCGCGCCUCUAUGCACAACGUUUAUAUACAGCAAACUGUGCAGUCGGGCAAUAGCCACAAAAAAGGGGGCAUAAUGAAGGGUACACGGGCUCUCCUAGCCCAUUUGUCUUCACAAACGCGUCCGGACAACAUACAGGGCGAACCUAUACUAAUCGAAACGUCCGAAAAGCAAUUGGAAGAGUUGGUAAUUACACUCGAUGUAGGUCGUGCACAUGCGCAGUUGCGACGGCUCAAAACAGAGUCGAGUUACGGCCAGGAAUCUCCUAUCAUCGUUACCGCCAUACCAGAACAUAAAAGUAAAGUACUAUUCGAACUGCUCAAAAUGUCCGAAAGUAUGGGUGGCAUUGACGGUAUCGGUUAUAUAAUGUUUGAAUGCGGUUUGGAGGGCGUGGGCGUAAAAGUUGUUAAACGUUCACAUUUUGAAAAAUCGGAAAAUACUAAAGAAGAUCUGGCUGAAAUCACAGAAAGUGCAACAGAGGCAGCGGAUAUUCCGCGUGGAGUAAACAUAAGUGAUAUAAUGGGCGGUGUAAGUGCAGAUGUUACUGCAACAUCGAAAGCAGAGGCUGCGUGGCGCUUGAUUACCAAAAAGCCACCAACACCUAAAACGCCAAAAGAGAAAUUCCAAACAGCUUUGGAAAGUAUAAUCGUGCCAGAACGUUCAGAAAGUGUGAGCGAAAACCGCAAAUCUACUUCGAAACCACAAACCGAUGAAGAUCCGGAAAAGGGGGGUAAGAAUAGUAACAAGGAAUCUUUCGAACAGAAGACACCAAAUGUAAAAGAAACAGAGAAAAACUCCUCAUGUGUAAUUGAAUUGAAAUCAGUAUGGUUCAAUUUCGCGGCCCCUCCUUGUGUACCUAUUACACGGAAAAUCGAUUUAACCAGACUAGAUUGGAAUCUUCUGAGCACAGCUUCUCCCGCCAUCACUGCCUGGAUGAACCCCAGCAACCGCUUAGCUAUUAAAAUUGUAUCACUAAUGCGGGCCUUGCAUACGCGCCAAACCGCCAUAGCCGCCUGUCUAAUGGCAGAUGCGUUGGAUAACGAAAAAAUUAAGCGCAGUCCCAAAAUCAAAAAGAGUCGCUAUGUCAACAACUACACGCUGCUUUCGAAAACUUUACAAGAGGAUCCGAGUUGUCAACUCUGCUUUAUAAUGCAAAAACUAGUGCUAGACGAAGGUGUACAAAAAGUCGAGCAAAUCUUCCAGAAAAGUGACGUGCCACAUUUGAAUACGUUGCGUCAGGGCGUCAUUGUGCUGAGCCGGCAGUGGAAGAACACACUUUACAAUCCAAUACUUUUUGAACAUCAGUAUAAGAAUAAAUUGGCACGGCCGAUUAAUGUGACAUUUUCAUUUCCGCAGCAGGAGGAAGAUUGCGAUGAUGUGGAAUGUGAAGGUGAAGCAGAUAUGAGUGUAUAUGCCGGAGUCAGCGAUAAUCCUGAAGAGAGUGAGAAUGCUUUAUUACUUGGGCAAACACAGCAUCAUCGAAAUCAUAUUGAUACUUCACAAUUUGGCAUGAGAUUUGCUAAUGAAGCUUUCUUACAUGGCGCGGCACAAAGGUCAAACUCCACAUCACCAAAUAUUCAUGUAACACGAAAAGGCAAAGCAUUAAGUAGAUGCUCAAAUAUUUCACAUGGCAAUUCAUCUCGCUCUAGCAUACAAAUGCUGCCAAUAAUCUCCGGACUGGUAGAGAAGCAGGUGCCGGAAUUCGAGUAUGGCGCAUUGCAGGAGGGUUCAUUGAGUUCUAGCAAUUCAGUAAAUAAGUUUUGGCUUGGGCCGGGGAAUCAAAAAGAGGACUUGUACUUCUGGAUGGCAAAGCAGCAAGACAACAAAAAGAAGGAAAACUCCGUUGAAAAGGAAUUAAUUCGACCGGCACCGGUGAAAUUACCAGGCGCGGGUCAAACACGUGGUGGCAUUCUGCAGGACUCAAUAAAACUGCUCGAUGCGCAUUUGAUAUUUGAGCCAUUGCUCACAUGCUUGGGUGUAAUGCCGCAGCAAAUGGUCAAUAAAUUGACCAAUGCGGACAUUUCAUCUUUGGAGAAUUUCGGCACCAAUCUUUCGCUUAUCGGAACCUUUGAUUCAAUACGUGUUGAUAUUGUAGUUAGCGAGGCGGGUGACAAAAAAAACAAAUGCUCCAAAUUGAAUAAGAAAUCAAAUGGUGCAGGUCGACAGUCGAUUAUUAUAGAUACGCCGUUAUUUUUAUGCGAACGUGUAGGCGUUGAAUUGGAGGUGUUGAAGAAGUCCGAUGGUAUGGUUGAUCAAGCGCGUCAAAAUGUAAUUUAUAUGUCGCGACGACAACUAAAAAAGCACACCAGUACGGUUAUAAAUUUGAGUCUAAACAUACGUUAUAUUUCACAGCAAGUUAAUAUGCCUCUGCUGCGUCUACUACAUCAAAUCACAAACAUGUAUCAGAAUGUCAAGGAUGCUCAAAAUGAAUUUCAUCAACAACCGGAUUUGACUAGAAAGUCGGAUGCCAAAGACGAAUGUAGCUUAGCAUCCGAGCCCAAUGAUAUCGCCCCCUUCGGUUCGGUGCCAGAUCGCUUUGUCCAUAAUGAGAACUCUUCAGAUGAACGUUAUGAUAAAUUCAAUGAAAUGAUAUCCAUGACACAUCCCAUUGGAGGCAGGGUACGCCCUAGUGGCAUCGGUCCCUUAAUACAGCUAACACCUUCCCCUAAUGCCAGAAAUCGGCCAUCCAGUUUUGCUCAAAAGUUACGCUCUACUAGCAAAUCUGUUAAGGGAAAGUUAGGAUACACAAAUCUAAAUGAGACAAGCUCUUCACCAUUACGUGAUAGCCCCAUUACUUCAGUAAGCGAGCAGCAUAUGUUCAAAUUAUCGCUAGAGUCCAAGGCAUCGCUCAAUGGAGCAUGCGCAACCAGCGUCAGUGGUGACUGCAAUACCAUAAACAAAAAUGACUUCAAUGGUAUAAAGCCACUGAUGCUGACGCCAAAUUGCUGGAAAACAAUUUACAAUUUGUUAGAACUAUAUGGUACCAUGCCUGAAACAAAGACAGUGCAACGUAGCUCAAUGUCCAAUGAGACACACGAUGCUUUUAAAUAUGGAGUGAAGAAAACUUCAGUUGGUGGUUAUAUGCGACAGGACACGCGUAAUGAAGAAGAUGAUGGAACAAGUGCUCCAACGCCUCUGCCGCAACAUCGUGAGCUAGUUGAAGCUUUGUCGCAGGAAAAAACCCGGCUGGUUGUAUUUGGUGUGGCGAAAAUUCAUAAGACGCGCUUAAUGGCGACACUGAGUGGCCUAAAACUGGAAGCUGAAAUAACCACCUUGAAUGGCAGUGCUACAUGGCGCAAAAAAGCACGACCGGUAUCACUGGAAUGCUCCGUAACUGGCCAAGUAGGUCGCACCAUGAUCGUACUUUUGGAAGGUGUUGCACCAAAUCAACAAACUGUCGUAAAAGUAACGGUGGGAAAAUGUCAAACGCUCUACUCCAGUUUGACAAAGCGUGGCAAAGAUAAAAACAGCGGAUUGCUCUCAAUUGGCCCAGUGAACAUCGAAAUACCACAACACCCCGUCGCAUUGCAUGGAAUGAUGACUCGCAGUUCGAAGCAGCUAAGCUCUACUCUGCAAGAAUUGCGUGUUGGACGCAAUUCUGGUCGCUCUGCGUCACGUGCACAUAAUCCCGAUGAACCAGAAUCGCCACAUCAUUCACGUUCCGCCGGCAAAAGCGUUGAUGUGAAGGAGAACGCUGAACCACAGCAGGAGCCGAAAAAGAAAGCAGUACCACCACAUAAGAUACCAGCGCAACAUAAUGGAUUACUUCAACCGUUGGUUAUGCAGUUUAAUAUUUUACUGCAUAGCUUGUCGAUAAAUGCAGCACUAUUGCCUUCGUUACAAGCACAAUAUCGUAUGAACUGUGUCAGUUCGACAGGUGUGACUGGCAAUCGUGCAAAAUUCGUUAUAGAUUUGCCAACACAUACUCUAAGCUUUAAUACGAAGAUACAGGUGCGGAAUGAGAUGAAUUUGCCCUCUGAGGCCUGUAUCGGCCUACCGCUAGUUCAUGUGAGCGCUGAAUAUAUACCUGAAAACAGGCAAGAGGAACCAGAACGAGUCGAAGGUAUCAUAUUACGUCGCGGUGGCUAUGUGAAUGCAUCAGCUGAGAUCGGCGAAUUUGAGCGCUGUUUAACAACUGAUCUUCUGAAUCAUCUGGUAUUUGUUCAGAAGGUUUUCAUGCGCGAGAUUAAUGAAGUAUUACAAAAAGUGUACGGCGGCGAAAAGCCAGUGCCCCUAUGGUCUGAAGAUAGUGGUGAUACAGCCAGCGUACAAGAGUCUUCGAUGAAAAGCAUACUAUUUUCGGUCAACAUAUCGAUGAAGCGAAUACAGUUGACUGCUACAACGCCCUGCUCUUCAGCAGUGCGCUUUGAAACUGGCACGCUAGAGCUGCAUUUGUCUAAUCGCGUAAAAAAUUUGGGCGAAGGAAAUGAUCGUAAAAUGUUUGGCAAGGCCCAUAUCGAUUUUAACCUUUCGCUGGGCCAAAUUAUACGUAAUGUAAUCUUUGAUGAGGCUGAACCGGAAUUCCAACAGUAUGCCUUCUUCCAUACAACCAUAGGUUUGCGAAAUGCCUUCCAAGAUGAGUUGUUAAAUGAGGAUAAAGAGCUGGUGUUGUUAAAGCUGAAGCGUCCACUUCUGUAUAUUCAACCGAUCGCCGUUGAUAAGGCUAUUUUGGUGUGGUUGAACUACAAGAAUGCUUAUGAAUAUUGGGCCGAAAAGCGAGCAAACUUGAACUAUGAAAACUCACAGACAUUUGACCGAGUAGCUUUUGGACAGAUAAGUAAUAUUGCUGCCUCUAAUUUAUCUACGUUGUUCCUGCAACUGACAGUCGAGGAUAUGGGUAUUUGUGUACCAUUAAAUCAGCCGGCAAACCCCUGGAAUACACGAACUUUUCACGACUUCGAAAGCAAAGGCGCUGUCGUCAUAACAUUGGAGAACACAAUCAUAUCUGCUUGCAAUUCCGGUUCAUUGGUAUCCAAAGGCAAGUUUCAGGGCUUGUGCCUUAGGUUUGCUGACGAUUUCGAAACAACCCUCGAUGAUUGGAAACCUAAUGCUAAUGAACCUAUAAUGAACGUGUGCGUCGUUUCUGAAGGGACGUAUGAGGUGUGCUCUCGUACCACUGCUGCUAAGAAACUGGAAAAUGCCAAAUGGUUACUAAAUGUUAAGUGGCAAAUGGAAGGUGUUGAUAUACACCUCGAUAUAAAUAUAGGGAAACAACUUUCCUCACUCGGUCACACGCUUACGAUGUUGACCGGCUUUGAGGAAGAAGAUACAAACAUGGAAUCCCCGGACAGCGAUGAGGGUGAUCACAGUUGUCGGGAUACCUAUGUGCGCCGGCGGGAAUUUGAUAAUCUGCCAUCGUUCGUGUUCGAUCCGACUAUCGAUUCGAAGAAGCGGUCUUUCAUGAUGGAAAAAGAAAUGGCGGAGCAACUGAAAAUUAUCAAUGAUUUGCGCACGCUUGGUGCCUCACACAAUACCGUGGCACAUGAAGAGCGUCGGUUGCAAGAACUGCAGGCGAUUUGUUACAAAUAUUUCCGACGCGAUAUGAUUCAGAAAUGGAAGCGCCCCUCUAUGCGUCGUUCAAUGAAGACUUCAAGUCGCUCUUAUUCCUUUAUUGGCGCCUCAGGAAAUCGCGAGCCGGCCGAUGAUACCCUGAUGCCUGGACCAUAUAGCGGUCGUCGUUUAGAUCCCAUAGCAUCUAAUGAUGAAAUUUCCAGUUUGCAAAGCACGCCAGUUUCCGGACAUUCAAGAAGUGCUUCGUUGAAAACAUGCCCUACCAAUCGAGUAACCUUCUCCGAAUCCAUGCGCCAGACCUCACUGCCAAAUGCUGACACGGACAGUGAAGAUGUUGAUUGGCGCACACAAGAAUGUCACGGCGAAUCGACGCCAAGUGAAAUAGACAUAGAUGGCACUUCGGUAGAAAUGCGUAAAAAGCAUGGCUACCAACAAAAACAACAAGAACCCAAUAUAGAUUUUGAGCUAGAUAUUAAAGUGCUAGUCAAUUCUGGCAAAUGUGUCCUCCACACCAAAGAGUCCGCCGAAGAUCGUUUGAUUUUAAGUGGUCCGACAGCAGUGAAGACACAUAAACGAGAGCGCAGCCUGGGCAACGACUGGGGCAGUCCGACGCCAUCACGGCGGCAGCGCGAUAAAAGCAAGUUACGUUAUAACACCUCGAGUAACGCAAUGUUAUCUGAUCUCACCAUAUUCCACAUUCCCGGAUUGGAUGUCAAACUGCACUAUCAGUCCCGUACCAUAGUUGAUUUGUCAGAGCAUUCUCGCAGCAUGAGCUGCGAAAGUCAUCAUACAACGCGCCGGAUCGGCAGCAAACGGGCUUCGUUGUUCGCCUGGAUGACAUUGCAGAGUAUACCAGAAGAAACUAUAAUAUCGCCACAUAUAUUGGAAUUCUUAGAGCAAACCUUGGAACCUAUACCUACCAAAACUCCUAACUAUACUGGCGCGACUAUAGCAAACCCAGUAAACUUGGAUAUUCUGCCUACAAAUUACGUCACCUAUGCUUCUUUUCCAGUAGAUGUUAUUGUCUACUUCCACAUGCAACCAUCGACUUUCCGCUUCUCUUGCUUGCCCGUGUCGCGUGUGGAAUGCAUGCUACAGUUGCCAAGUUUAGAUAUAGUAUUCAGCUCCAAACGUUCGAGCGAUGAAGAUCCAGGUCAGCAGGAACAUGCUUUGGAUAAAACCUCAACUGAAAAAGAUAAAAUGCCUGCUGGUGGCCUAAGUAUUACUGGCUGUUUGGCGGAUUUUAAUGUUUAUAUCUUCCACCCAUACGGCGGCAAGAAAAGCAAUGUCAAAGAAGCACAAUUCUCGCCUCUCUCUGAUAGUGAACGUAAAGAUUCAUUGAGCAUAAAUGUAGAAUUUGUAAAAUUUCAAUUGACCCGUUGCCGCAAAAUAUACGUUGAGCCAGCUGUUAUGAGUAAACGUGUAAUGGAUAACUCGCUCGCCGUCAUACGUUUUUCAACUAUUGUUGACAUCGGCAGUGCUUCUUUCAAGUACGAUAUGCGCCGUUUAACCGAAAUCUUAGCUUUUCCGAAGGCUUGGUAUCGACGUCGCAUAGUGCGUCGAUUAUUCCUUGGCGAUUUGAGCAUGCAACACAUGGCCGGCACAGAGCCUGUCACACCAACUGGUAUGCCAUCUACGCCUAAAGAUGCCAACGGCAACAGUGGCGCUUGUAAGAUACCCGGUUACGAAUAUGCCAGGUCACCUUCGGAUGCAUUCUAUAGCAAAGGCAAAAUGCGGCUUGACUUCGAUUCCCAAUCGUCUACUCCACAGCAGCCAGCACAUUCUGGUUCCGUGCGUAAACUACGUUCAUUGGAAAAAUCAUCAAGUGCAGAAUCAUCAAGCACACCUUCUGAGAAAAAUCAAAUUACUGCUUGGGAAACACUAGUUCUAUUCGCUAUAAAUUUUACUAAAUUGAAUGUACAGAUGAAUAUGGGUAAUGUAAUGGGAAAUGUGGUGUGGUUAACUAAGGACUUCCAGUCAGAUGGCAGGCUCUCUAUUGGCAGCACUGGCUAUAAAAAUAUGUACAUUGGCAUAUAUUUGGGUGGCUCUUCACUGGACGCUAAAGGUGGCAUCGUCGGUGGUAGCUUUGAAGUGAAUAAAAUCAAUACUCGUUUCCACAUUAAGGAAGAAUCUGGCGUGGAGCCCUACCACACCAUACGUUUGAGUUUUGUGGCUUUGGAGCUACGACUAGACUACAUGGGCACAUCGGUAUUGAUGACGCGUAUUAGUUCAUUUUCGGCCGCGAUGAAAGACGAAUGGAAGACGUCAAUAAAUACGCUGUCUACUACAGAUUAUGGUGGAAGUAUGGCCACAGUGGGUGGAUAUACCACCAAACCUCGAGCUAUCAUUUUCAUACACGGUGAUCUAUCUUGGGAUCAGCUUCAAAUAAUGAUAUCAAAAUCUACUACAGCUGAUUUGCUAAAAAUGUAUUACAAACUGGAAGAAUUCUUCACUCAGCAAUUCAAGUCCUCGAAGCGUGUAUUUUCCAGCCUUGAGCCGCGUUUGCAUGAGCGCAAUGCUAGCAUGAAGCGCAGACAGAAUCGUGACAAGAAGAAAACCUCAACAAAUGGAGCUGCUGAUGCGGCAACUAAUAUACCCGACCUCAGUAAUACCGACGCUCGCCAUCAUCGUCACUGGCAGAAACCAUUGGAACAGGCUAUCGGCUUAGUAGUACCUACUCUGGUGACACGGCUACCACGCAAUGGCAAUGUCCUCGGUGGCACUGUGGAGCUGCAUGGUAAUAACAUUUCUUUGGCUUGCUUCCAUGGUAUCAACUUCAAGUCAAAAUCUUGGGCUUUGUUCAGUUUAAAAUCCCCCUCUAUAAAUUUUGCUACUGAAGCGCAUCAAGCGCAGGAUACACAUGAUGUGUUUGUAACGCAGACGCUGACGUCUUGCUUGGGGCAGUCGACGGAGGUGCAACAGCAAAAUCACUCCAUGGCUAUAGUUAGCAGAAUUACACGCAAUAUAAUCUUUCCACCGCAGUUCAAAGCACUUAAUGAGUGGUUCCACUAUGCAUUCGCUAAUAGCGAAAUUGAUUCAGUGGAUCGUUUUCCCACAUUGGAGCGUGAUCGUGAGAUUGCUUCAAAUUCCAUAGAACGUAGUCGUGCCGCAGGCGCGAGUGCAAGCAGUUCCUCGAAAACGCAGGAACACAAUCACAACCGUGAGGUGAUCUUUGCGCUGCCAAGUUUACAGCUGAAUUUCAAGACCGAACACAGACAAGGCGCAACCACACCAGAACCAAAAGAAAUUAAGCCUGAGGUACUCUGUAGUUUUAUAACAGAGUUUGAUGAUCACAUCUUUGUGACCGUUGAUGCUGAUGCAUUUUUCUUCCUGCACGAUUUGAUCACAUCGUAUGUUAAGGAGAAGGAGAAAAUUAUCGGUACCCAAUCGACACGUGCCGCUUCGCCAAAUCUAUCACAGAACUUAAAGGGUCAAGUGAAGACCUACGUCACCGACGAAAUACACAAAGAUACAAAUAAAGCAUCGUUCGGUGGUAUGAAUUCCGCUAGCGGUAAUGGCACUACGUCCAUCAAUGUUUCGAGCACUACAUCACACCAGAGCAGCAUGCAUGUCGUUAGUCACAGUAAAACGGAUGUUACCGCAGCUUUUUGUGUUGACAAUAGAGACGUCACUACUUUAGCAUCGUCAUUAACAUCAACAGCGGCAGCAGUAGCUAGUUUGACUUCGACCACUGCCAGCACGGUAACGAGUGAAUCGGCCAGUGGCGGAUCCAAAAAUGAAAAUCCUAUAGAUUUAGAGUCAUUUGUACGCGAUUGGCGUCGUUUCGAAUGUCAGACUUGGCAUUUAGAACCAACUGUGCGACUGCUCUCUUGGGCAGGAAAAUCUAUUGAGCCAUAUGGCAUUGAUUACAUAUUGAAUAAGCUUGGUUUUGCUCAUGCUCGUACAACUAUACCAAAGUGGCUGCAACGUGGCUUUAUGGAUCCGCUAGAUAAAGUGCAAGCGCUAAUGAUGUUGCAGCUGCUGACGAUGGUGCGGGAAAAUAAAGUCGAAAAUGCGUCAAAAUCGGACUAGGCGAAUUAGUUGCAGUCUAGUUCAAACCUAAUUUUAGUACUAUUUUUAGCAAAUAAGUUAUGAACGGAUGGUCGUAGAACGGUAUAAUACGAUUUCAUUAGUCUUGAAUGCCUUGUGUGAUGAAGUUUUUGUAAAAAUUUAUAAAUGACUUUCACGAUUUCGUAAAUUUUUUUUAAUGUAAAUUAUGCAAUACUCGAAGUAUUAUUGAAAGUGUAAUAUGUUUAAAUAUAACCCAAGGCGUAUGCCUUGACAUAACCUA